UUUGUGUGACAAAAUUAGAGGAAAUCUGGAGUUAGACUAAUUGGGCCAAGAGGUGAUUGAUUACAAAUUAAGCUUUAUAUAUAUCCUCCAGUGACAUUAAAACUCUUUCUGUCCGCUUGGGAAUCUGUUCCAUAAUAUGCUUAUUAUUUCUUUAUUAAUUUAUUUAUUUCAUAGUGGCUCAUGCAUUUCAGAACAGACCAUAUGUGAAAAAGAUCACGUUUAGUGGUCCUGCGGUUGCUUUGUAUUUCGAACACAGAAAAAACACUUUCUGACAUACCAGCAGCUUUUACUUUCUGCUCAAAAACAGUUAAACAAAUUUGUGCCAAUGUUGCUUUAUUGACAGAAACAGCUUUGAUUGAAAUUAGUGAGUUUUAGUUAAUGUUGAUAACAAUUGAUUAAUCUAUUUAACAUUUCUCGUUUCAGAUAUUUUCAAGGUUAUAAUCCUUGUAAAAUGUUCAUCUUUCUCAACGACGUUGUAACUAAGGAAUUGUGUAAAUAUUCCUGGUUUCUGGAUAUGUUUCAGUGCAUCGACGCAACAAUUAUGAAUAAAUCGUAUCUAUUCUUUUUAUUAUUUGUUCUUAUUCUUAUUGUAUAUUUCUCAUUGUCAACUCAUAACAAAGUUGUUGUAAGUAAAAGUAAACAAAUAUUCGAGAAACUUUACCUUCAGUCUAACUACUUUUUAUCUAUGCAGGACAUGACGGAUAUUGGUUAUAACGAUCGAAGAACAAGUGCCAGUAAAUUAUAUAAGAAACGAUUGCAGUUAUUGAAAGAAACAAAUAGAUCGAGAAGUCCAGAUGAAAUUCCUCCCGCUUAUCCGAAUGGAUGGAUAACUUUGUUGGAAUCCAGAGAUCUAUCUGCUGGAGAGUGCAAGCCUGUUACUGCUGUUGGUCAACAAUUUGUUAUAUUUCGCGGAAAAACAGGUAAAAGUUUUGUUUUGGACGCUUAUUGCCCUCAUUUGGGCGCUAAUUUAGGAAUCGAUGGCAAGAUCCACGAAGACUGCAUCGAAUGCCCUUUUCACGGAUGGCGAUUCUCUGGAGAAGAUGGUUCUUGUGUGAAAAUACCUUACACCGAAAAAGUUCCAAAAGCGGCUAACAUAAAAUGUUGGGAAACAAUCGAGCAAAACGGAUUUAUUUACGUCUGGCAUCAUGCAGAAGGCCAACCCCCACUCUGGAAACCUGCAGUUAUAUCAGAAAUAGAAGACGGAUUAUGGCAUUAUAAAGGACGUACUGAACACAUUAAGGUCACAUUCAGGUGUGCUUCAGUGGACAAAGGUGUCAAAACUUCUAAGAUGUGUGGGAUUCUGCCUAUGGAUCCUGGAGUGUUUACAGAUAAGGAUUUUGCACCUUGCACAGUAACAGGUAUGCACGUUCAUAAGGAAACACAGAUAUCUGCUGUAGGAUGUGGAGAAAUCAAUAAAGAAACACUGUCGCCUGGAGGAAUAGAUGCAGUUCCAUCUACUUCUAGACUCAACGAUUUCUCUUCCCCGCAGAAAUCAAACCAUUUCCAUAAAGGAAGAUUACAAAACAAAGAAGGAGGAAAAAUCAAAAAUAGGAGAUAUGAAGAAAAAGAUACUGAGAUUAUGGAAAACGGAUCAGACUUCGCUCAUUUCGAUUGCCUUCACAAAUAUGGUAUUACGUCAGGAAUCAUUCUGCAUCCAGAAAAUUGGUGGAAAUUUUUCCAGAAUAUGUGGAAGAUUUCCUGCUCUCCAGUAUGCACACCAAAUUCCCACUGCUACAAAUAUACAGGCAAUACGGCCGUUCAAUUGUUUGGAAUAUCUGUUCUACGUACAAACUUUGAAAUCCAAGUGAUUGGCCCAGCAAUAAUCCAUUCGUAUUUGCAAAGUGAUUUCGGAAAUAGUGUAUUUGUACAAAGUAUUAUAAACGAAGGACCGUUUCGACAAAGAUUCAUCCGCCAUUACUACUCUCCUUCUCGAUUCUCAACCUUACUUGAUCAUGUUGCCAUGUUUUGGGAAUCCCGUUUGAUUGAGCGUGACGUUCGCAUAUGGAACUACAAAAUGUAUUUGAAGAAUCCAAUUUACGUCUCAGAAGACAGGACAAUUGCCAAAUUCAGAAAAUGGUACGCUCAGUUUUACAGCAAAAAUAGUUCGAGGGCUGAAGAAAAGAGUCUCAAUUGGUAACUGGAAGUCGUUUUAUAUUUAUAGAAGCUAUGGAUGAAACUAAUUCUAUUCGUUAAUAAUUUUCACGAUUGAUUUUCAUAUUGUAAUUCAUGAUAUAGUGCUAAAAUUAACGAACCACUCAAAAUCACAAUUAAA